UGUGAGGAAGCAAAAAUGUACAAUUUUUUAUAAAAAAAAAUUAGAAAGUGUAAAUAUAAAUUAAUAAGAGUCAAAAGUAUUUUGAUAUUGAACAAAGUUUUAAAUGAAUAAAUAUUAUCAGCCAAGUAAAUUGUGAGAACUUGAGAAUAUAAGAUCUUGAAAUUUUACGUUAAAUUUACUCUUAAAACUAAUAUAUGUGUCUCAUCAACAAUAAUAUAAGACUGAUAGUUGCGUUUACGUUCUCACACACAACUUUAACUUAUCUGUGUGCUGAAGAAACUCAAAAUAUUUAUAAGCGCUGCGGCACAUCUCAAGAAGAGAGAGUAGUCUUCUCUGAACGUAUAACAUCAGUUAUUAGCCGAAGUUGUAAGUGCGCUACGUUAGGGUAUAUUUUGACUGCAAUAGUGCAUAGAGAAUGUUGUAAUAUCGCAUCGCAAUAAUCAACAAAGGCCUAGUCAUGUUGGCGUUCAUCAUUCGCGGAGUGUUUCUGAUCAGCGUACUGGGCUGGUACAGCGCCACCGUCUGGAAGGUAAUCGACGGUUACUUCCAAGACCAGUUCCGCGCUUACUUGCAGGAAGAGUAUCGCAAGCAUCCGCGAAUCAAGGCCAACGUCGAGAGCGCCGGGGCUGUCGAUAAGGGGCCUGCUUCGAGCGCGUUGCCAGCCGAGUCGAGUUUGAGCAAGUCCGGCAUCGCGGAGACCUACGGUUCCAACGUGGUGAGCCCGGCCGACAUCGCAGACGCCUGUCCGUGUGCAAUCGCUCCGAGCGGGAGGCCGGAGGAAGCGGUGGCAGGUGGCACCAGCGAAAUCGCGGUCGCCGUAGGCGCCGGUGCCACUGAUAAAAAUACACUCGCAGCGAACGCGGUCCGAUCGGCGCAGGAAAGUAGGGAACCGUCGAGCGGGGACACGCGCGAUAAAGAACAGCGACCGGGUGCCAUCAAUCAGGACGGCGACCGCGAAGAGGAUACGAUCGAGGGGAGCGCACUUCCGCCCCCCGCGUCCGCGCGUCGUGCCGAGAAACCGCGACGUCGCCUCGGCGAGAAGAGACCAUUGCGUGCCUCGAAAGAGGUCUCGAGGGAGAUAUCGCGGGAAAAGCCGAGGAGUCCAAGAGUGAGCACGCUCGUUCUGACCGACGCCGAUUUUGCCGCCCCGAGGACCAGCGACGUCGAAGACGACGAUUUCGCAGAGUUCGAGGAGGAGGAGAAGAACCGAAGGGUCCGUAAAAAAGGGAUUCUCGUGUCGGAGCUGCCAUUCAAGCCCAGGGCGGAUAUCGGCUGCCUGGAUAGGGUCACCGCGGAAGAAUUUUGUCCUCUGACCUUGGAGGACGAGACUUCCUGCGGGGAAACCACCACGUGGCCGUGACUGCGCUUGACGAGCGCCGUCCCGGUGAAGUUGCAAGUAUUAGAUCGCACGGAAAAAGUCAUGCAUCAACAGCGGGGCAUCGAAGGGCUUAGGAACAUGCUGAGAAAGCUGAGGCAGAGGACUGCCACUGUUAUCAGAAUAAAUCUGUUCAAUUAGUCUCGCGUCUUUAUUAAGGACGAUGAUGAUGGAUGUUGGGCGAGGAUGUUUUACAUCUUGUCACGUUUUUAUUGGUGUAUUGCAGUUUAUUCAGUUCACAAGUUGAGUAGGGUGAAAUAAGGUUGUGGCGGAUAAUCGUAGUUUUAAUCUAAAACAAUGUGUCACUACCUUUCUAUUAGGCAGAAUUAAAUCUUGAUUCGAUAUAACUAA